AUGAAAAGACUGAAAUUGUUGUAUAAACUUCUUAACAAUUGGGGGGUCGAAGACAACUCAGACUAUAGUGAAAUGUUUAACAAAGUCAUAGAAUCUGUUAAACCAAUUGAAAACGACAUAAAAAAUCCCGGUGUUCUUGUAGACCUUUUCGCCUCAAAAUUACCAGUUACAACCAAUCUAAUAGCAACACAAGCUAUAGAGCAAUUUAUUUUAUGUUUUCCCAAGCAAUAUAGACAACACCUGAGGGAAACAAGAAUAGGAAAAUUUCAAUUGGUGUAUCCUACAACAUACAACUAUUACGAAGAAGCAAAUGAAUAUGGAGAACUCUCAUUCCAUUUCACACUUUCAGUUCCUGAGGGAGAAGAAAAAGCAAUCUAUCAUGUACAAUCUCUUGCAGGAUGUGAAGGAAAACCUCACAUAAUAUCUACUGUUGCAAUUGACAAACCUGCAAGAGUCGAAGACGAUGUUUUGUUCGCGUCCAUUGCUGGUUUUGGCAUGGGAGAACCAAUUCCAAUUUCCCAUUUCACAGAAUACUCAGCACAACAUUUUCAAAAUGUAGAAUUCGUGUUCUACGACCAGCAAAAGUUCCUGCUAACAAAACCAAAGAAACAAUUUGUCUCAAUAUUUGUUGCUGGUCAUGUGGCUGACAAAGAGCCAUCAGAUACUGACUAUGAAGAAGAGGAGGAGGAAGAAGAACAACAAGAAGACGAAUAA